AUGGGGAAGAAGGGUGCCGGUGACUUCGCGGACAGAGGCCUCCGAAGAACCCUGGUUGACAACUCGGAUUCGAAGAUGGGAGAAGACAUCGUCCAGGAAGUCCUGGCCGAAAGCCCUUUGCGAUUGGGGGCUCAGGCAAAAGCCAACUUUCAGGAGGUCUCGGAGAUCUAUCAACUGCGUGGCUUCCGCAGCUGUGAAUUGGCAGAGUUGACCCACGUGGACGCCAGCUUGUGGGCUUUAUCAUGGAUCGAUUGGGGGCCAAGCCACUGGCACUCGGCAUCUUUCUGCGUAGAGACUUCAUGCGGGCCAUGGCGCGUCGUCGUCACGAAGCGGGGGGAAGUGAGCAGUGUGUUUCCUGUGGUGGAUCCAGAUCGUGGUGCAGGCGCAGUGUCGGCGUUCCGUCGGGAAGAUGGCUCAUCUGGACCCAACAAGAGCAGGGCUGACGCAGGCCGCAAGGCGGAGAGGAAGAGGCUUUUGGGCUUGAGCCGCGCGCUGAAGGACUGCCUGGCACAGCUGGAGGCCUUCCUGGCUUCGGGCUGUCGAUCAAACCGAGCAGAGGUGUCCGACACCUGCAGCUGGCUUCAAGAGCUUUGCUGGGAGGACCUUCCCAAGGUGAGCAAAGACCUGGAGUGGAAGACAUCAGAAGGCUGGAGACAAUGGGCGCACCGAGCUUGCGAGUCGCUUCGCAGUUGUUGUGGAAUGCAGGAGCUGGUUCUGUCAGUUGAGGAGGUCGGCUUUACGCAUGACUCCAUCUCCACAGCUUUCAGGCAGGGCUCUGCCGCAGGCAAGGACGUCGAAUGCCUGGUGGAAGAUCUUCGGUGGGGCCGAGUGGAUCCUCUGCAAGAUCAGGACCUCCUUAUCGAAGCGGUGUGCCACAAGGGCCGUGUCCUUUCACUGAACAACCGGCGCCUCUGGGCCUUGAAGCAGCACAAGAUCUUGCACGCCGCGUCCGAGGUGCGCGUGCGUGUGCGGGUCUUGCCUUGGAGCGACUCGACGGUGACACGCUUCCUGCAGGCCUUCACCUCACAAGGCGAAGGCGACACCGUCGCCUGCCGCACUGCACUGGAAGGGGCGCCUCCGGAGGCUGUCGUGGCCACGACCUUGGGCCGCGCAGUGAUGGCAACACAGGCCUCCAAGCUGGCGGAGCGCCAGGGAUAUCGCAAGAAGGACACUCCAGGAGUGGCGCAGACGAGCCCCGUGGAGGCGGCACCUCUGGGACCAGGGCCAUCGGAGCUCCACCUGGGAGGAAAGACCUUCCCCAGCUGGCGCGAGGCCAAGGAGCACCUGCAGCUGAUCCUGCGCGCGAACAGCGGCGGCCGGCCGCUGCCGGAGGCGGACUAUUUUGUGGUGCUGGACGUCUUGCAGUUCCACCCGGAUCCACAAGCCAAGCGCCUGAAGGAGGUCACCAAGAUCACAGUGGGGUCCUCGGAGAAGUUUGCAAAGACCCCAUGUUUCUGGAUCUGGCGACAGGAUGGCUCGGGUGAAGACAUCUCUGUGAAAAAAUGCUGGGACAAGCUGGACCUGAUAGAGAAGUCUGUGGCGAAGAAGGACAAGCAGCGUGAUGUGUUGGCCGGAGGCCAGCGCUUUGCCGGAGUCCUGGACAGUUGGGUCAUUGGCCCGAAGGGGAUGAAUUUCGGCUGGCUUCGAUUGGAUUCAGUCCAGGAAAAGCAAGUCCCCACAGCGGCGGAUGGCCAGAAGUUGUACUUGGAAUGGUCUGAUGUGGCUGCGUGGAGCCAAGCUCAUGUGAAUGCCAACCGAGCCAACAAAGAACAGCCUCCAUUUAAAAGAGGCCAGCGAUUUUCCUGUGUCCUCUAUCAGUGGCGCGAGAAUGGUAAGGUCGGGUGCAGAAGCGCAGAGUUGCUUCAGCCUUAUCUGCAGUAA